AGGACGCUGCGCACGCGCCUGCGCCUGCAGACCCUGACCCGCGAGCGCGUGCUGCGCUUCCUGCGCCGCAACGCCUUCAUCCUGCUCACUGUCAGCGCCGUGGUCAUUGGUGUCAGCCUGGCCUUUGCCUUGCGCCCAUACCAGCUCACCUACCGGCAGAUCAAGUACUUCUCUUUUCCUGGUGAGCUUCUCAUGAGGAUGUUGCAGAUGCUGGUGCUGCCCCUCAUUGUCUCCAGCCUGGUCACAGGUAUGGCAUCCCUGGACAACAAGGCAACAGGGAGGAUGGGGAUGCGGGCUGCUGUGUACUACAUGGUGACUACAGUCAUUGCGGUCUUCAUCGGCAUCCUCAUGGUCACCAUUAUACAUCCUGGGAAGGGCUCCAAGGAGGGGCUGCACCGCGAGGGUCGAAUCGAGACCAUCCCCACAGCUGACGCCUUCAUGGACCUGGUCAGAAAUAUGUUUCCACCCAACCUUGUGGAGGCCUGCUUCAAACAGUUCAAGACGCAGUACAGCACAAGGGUGGUCACCAGGACCAUUGUGAGGACAGAGAACGGGUCUGAGCUGGGUGCCUCUAUGCCUCCUCCACUGUCAGUGGAGAAUGAAACCAGCAUUCUGGAAAAUGUCAGUCGGGCCUUGGGGACCCUGCAGGAGGUGCUGAGCUUUGAGGAGACUGUUCCUGUGCCUGGAUCUGCCAAUGGCAUCAAUGCCCUGGGCCUUGUGGUCUUCUCCGUGGCCUUUGGGCUGGUCAUCGGUGGCAUGAAACACAAGGGUCGCGUCCUGAGGGACUUCUUCGACAGCCUCAAUGAGGCUAUUAUGAGGCUGGUGGGCAUCAUUAUCUGGUGAGUGCUGGGCCGGGCCUGGGUGGGCAGCAGUGGUCAUGGACAAGGAAGAGCUAGGGCUGGGACCAGGCAGGCGGUGCAGAAAUUACAGAAGCUGACUUUGGCCAAAGUCUUUCAUCUGUAUAUUGUCUAAUUCGUCACGAACUUAUCCAUUAAUUAAUUCAUACAUUUUUCAUAUUUCCUGCAAUGAUUUAUUCACUUGUUCAUACCCUCAUUCACCUG